UUGAUGUGUUUGUACAUGCAGGGCUACACUCCUCUACACCUAGCAACACAGUUUGGUUAUGAAGAAAUAGCAAACCUUCUGGUGAAUGCUUAUGGUGCUGACCAGAAUCUACGUGACUACAGUGGGCGAAAAGCUCGCCAGUAUCAGGCAAGCCAGGACACAAGUGUGUCAGCUGACACAUUCCGCAAAAUCAAAGCAAGGAAAAAACAGGCAGAAAAGGACUUAGGAUUCUUGAGAAUUGGUUCACUGAAUGUGAGAGUGAAGAAAACAACUGAAGCAUUCAGCAACUUCUUAGGUGUAGGAAUAAACAGUGACAAAAUACAUAAAACUUGGGGCUCAGCCGAUAAUAUACAGCAGGUUGACCGUCGCCGAAUGCCACCACCAAAGGCAGCACCAUUGAAGAAACGUCGCUCUCGACACGGUACUGCUGACUUUACUGGUAGCUACAGCACACCAAGUACACCUCCAAGUCAGUCUCGCACUGCAAACAGUGAGCCAGGGCAGGAUUCAGACUCUGACUCGGCAUGUGGCUUUGGCAAUAAUUGGCAAGGUACUGUUUGAUGAAUGUGUUGUGAAUUUCCUCCAUGAGAGACUGACUAGUGUUGGCUUUCUUGCUUUAAAACAUUUUAGUAUUGUGAAACCAGUUUCUAUAAUAUUAAUGUAGUGGUGUUCAGUUUGAUGUAUUGCUUUCUUUCCUUUAAGUUUUUUUAUAUUUAUUAUAAAAUUAUGAGUAUUAUUUUCGUAUUUUUACAGAUAUGUUGUAUGUUCGAUAAAAGCUGUUAUCAACCUACAGUAUUUUUACUUUUGUACAAUAGUUUCUGUGUUAUCAGUUUUGCUUCAUCUCUUUGUAAAAUUGUCCUAAAUUUUGUCCUAAAUUCAGCAUUAAAGUCAAUUUAAUGUCAAUGUAAAUCAUUUUACUGCAGUGCUAUAAUUUAGUCUUAGAAGUAAUUGUCUCUACAAGUUGUUUUCUUUGUGAUAUAUUGUCCUGAAGUAAACUUUUUCUCGUCAGCGUUCAAUUCUAGUUUUUAGAAACAUGUAGGAAAGAUAGAAAAGGAAACAAACUGUUCAGUUCUUUUCGCAUACAUGGUAAUUAAUAAUUAGGAUUUAUUUUUAUGUGAGAAAUGUUGUACAUUACUCAAUGAUUUAGUUGAUGGCAGUAAACACAUGUGAAUCUCAAUAAUUGUACUGUGUAGAGUAUGACUGAUGGUUUACUGUAGAAAUUAAUGUAACAUUGUGAAUCAAAUAAAAUAAGUUUUUUUAACAA